CCACCUAUGCCAUAAAGUAGGAGGACAACUUGACCGAAACCUGUCCCUGCUCCAUGAAACCGCGACAGAGCAGAGGAAAACGUCUUUUAGGUCAUAGAAGCAGCUCUUUAAACCAUCUGGAGAAGCGAGAACAGCCGUGAUAGUCAGUCACGGUUUGCACAGCGUCGACCUUUAGCGUUUAAGUCUGGUAUUAGCUUGCUAGAUUAGCCUGUUUGCUAAAUUUAACAUAGCUCCGGGAUUCUCGAGAUUCUUCGGUUGCUAGUUUAGCAUUUUCGCUCGAUUUUAACCAACUGUCGCUAACUUUACAUCAUGGGAUCCAGGGCGUCCACGUUACUGCGAGAAGAGGAGAUUGAAGAAAUUAAGAAGGAAACGGGCUUCUCCCACAGUCAGAUAACUCGUCUGUACAGUCGCUUCACUAGUCUGGAUAAAGGUGAAAAUGGCACCCUUAGUCGAGAAGAUUUCCAGAGGAUCCCAGAGUUGGCCAUUAAUCCUCUGGGAGACCGAAUUAUCAAUGCGUUUUUCCCUGAAGGAGAGGACCAGGUAAACUUCAGAGGCUUCAUGAGAACCUUGGCUCACUUCAGACCAGUUGAGGACAAUGAGAAGAACAAGAAUCCCACCAACAGCGAGCCGCUCAACAGCAGGACAAACAAGCUGCUGUUUGCUUUCCGUCUGUAUGACCUGGACAGAGAUGACAAAAUCUCUCGGGAUGAGCUCCUGCAGGUGUUAAGAAUGAUGGUGGGAGUGAACAUUUCUGACGAACAGCUUGGCAGCAUUGCUGAUAGAACCAUCCAGGAGGCUGACACUAACGGAGAUAACUCCAUUUCCUUCAAUGAGUUCAUCAAGGUCUUGGAGAAGGUGGACGUGGAACAGAAAAUGAGCAUCCGCUUCCUGCAUUAAGUUUAUCUACUUUUCUUUUUUUUUUAAUUAUUACUCUUGAGUGGAGCUUCAACAUGCCAGUUGAUGACCUAUGGUACACAGCCUCGUCCUGCUCGUCAUCAGGCUUCUGCGGCCCACACUCUGUACACACUGUCAGACCAAGCAUUAGGUAGAUCGCUUCAUAGAUGUUGAGUUUCUGCUUUUGCACUGUUCUGUAAACAAAGGGAAACUCUGUGUGCCUUUGGUUGUUUUAUGCAAUAUCACAAUAUACUGGUAUUGAUGAAAGCUGUGACGUUAUGAAAAUAUAAUAACAUGGCAGUCCCUCGUACCUGAUAUUUCCAUGUAAAUCAGAGGUCUCAAACUCGCUGUCCGUGGGCCACAUGCGACUCCGCCAAUCAAUUCAUAUGAAGUUAUAAUCACUUAUUUUUGUUUCAUUUAUAGAUUCAUUUUGCGUCAUAAAAAUGUUUAUACUGAGUGAACUAGUUAUUGUUUCAUAUCAAAACAAACGACUUCUUUCACUUGAUUGGCCCCUUACUGACCAAACUGGACACUCAGUGGCCCCCAGGUCAUAUGAGUUUGAGACCCCUGCUGUAAAUAAUGAAACGUCUCUGAAAUUCUUUCUCAUUCUGUCUGGCUCACUCCAAUAUAGUAUUCAUCAGUUUUUUUUUUAGAUUAAUUUAUUUGCCAAAGGUAAAUAGAUUGCAGCAUCAUUUAAAAAAAAACUCUAGCUGUAAUUAUUGAAACUCUAAAGUUAUAACCAAAAUCACUGUAUUUUCUUUCCCUUCAUAAAUAGUGUUAUUUAUUAGAAAACCUAUGUAGAGUCACAUUUAGUAUGUCUGCUAAAUUAUGAUUUAUUGCAUAGUAUAAAUAAAUAAAUAAAUAAAUAAAGCUUUUUUGCUGGAAGGUCAUUCCUACAAAUCAAUGUAUGUUUUACUGCAGACAUUGUCUUAAUGUGUAAAAAUAUUCAAAGGUUUAAAGUGAGACGUGUGAGAGUCCACUUCAAAGCAGAGCCGUGUUUUUAAUGCUAACGUGAGCUUAUGACUCCUUUUUCUAGUUUGUCCCCUGAAGCAGGAACCGCUUCAGAGAAUAUUUUGUCUGUUUGUGUAUUUUACUCACUCAAGUGCCAUGGCUUUGUUUGUCCAUUUUAAUUUAUUAUCUCAACAGUAAAGCGAAACCAAAGGCCACGUUCGUGUCUUUCUGAUAUAGGUCAAUCCUUUUUUUUACUCCCAAUAGAUUUGCUGUUUCAAUUGUUGGGAGUAAAAUCAAAGUACAUUUUAAUCAGUAAAAGCCAGUGACAGCCUGGAGCCACAGAUCGUUUUGAUUAAUGUAUAUUAGGACCUGUGAUAAUCGGGUUAAAAAUAAAGCUUUUGUUAUUUCACUGCCGCUGUGGCUUAGUUUUAAAUAAUAGAUUUUUCCCACUAAGACUUGAUGCUCGAACAGUGUCACGUCCUGCCACUUCUGUUUGUAUGACCUGUCUCAAUGAGGCGAGAAAAAUGGACUGGCGACCUGUCCAGACUGUACUCGACCUUUCACCCUGUCAGCUGUGAUUAACGAGCCUCACGUGGAGGAUGACGCAAUAGACGAUGAAUGAAUGAGUGCAUGAAUGACCAGUUCUGUAUGAUAAAGGAGAAUCAAAAACAUUUCCUGUACAGGCUAGGGUACAUGAAGUGGGAGAGAUAAUGUCUGACCUUUUUAAUUUUUAAUAUGAGUUUGCACAUAACAGUUCAACCUUGUCACUAAUAACUAUGUAAUGUUGGUCUACCUAUGAAAGUGAACCAUGAGUUUGAUUUGAAUAAAAUGAGUGCCAUGUCA